AUGGCUCAAUACCAAGAAAUCCGCGAUAUCGAGACGACUUCUCGACCAUUGACUCCCAAGUCAUACUCGAACUGCUCAGAGACAAUUGUCGAUGACCUUGGUCGAUACGAUGCGUCUCGUGACGAACCCACCAACGAAUCUGAAGUAAACCUCUUCCCACUAGAACCUGGGCCGCAACCAGGGCCACGACGACGACGAUACAAUAGGUGGCGAAGCAUCGGAAAACUCCGUUGGUUUACACUCGUGUUCGGCACCCUCGUCAAUUUUGCAUCUUGCGCGCUUCUCAUCUUUCUCUGGGACGGCGCCGACGCUGCCUCGAACCGCAAGGAACCAAAGUCCUUCUGGAACACCAUCGUCUUUCGCAAAUGGGCUCCCGGUACGGCCACAAUCUGCUCUGCUGCUCUUCGUACCUCGAUGGCCUUACAACUCGGUGUCGUUGUAUCGGCUCUGUCCGCCAUUAUGCUCGAGACGUGUGGCGUGUGCUUCCAAGACAUCCCCAUCUUCUCUCCCGAAAGGGCAUUGCUUUCAAGUCCCACAAACAUUGUUUUGGCGGUUCUGAGACGAUCAAAGCGUGGCUUCUCGGGACUCAUAUACUCCUUCAUCAUAGUCACCGCAGUCAUGGUCAUGGUCUUCUCUACCUUCAUCUCUACUGUCCUCCUCUCUGACUUCACAACGAAACAGAUCGCAGCACCAGCCAUUACCGAAAGUCUGAAGCUGACCUUCAAUGAAAGCGCCAAGUUCAAAGAAGAUAAUGGUGUUUCGUACUGGAAAUCCAAACCUGCCGCGUGGAGGUUCGCAGAGGUUCAGGUCGGCAAGUCCUCUCCCGGCGACACAGGCGAUACCUAUCGAGCCAUGCUGCCCUUCUUGGACGAAUCUUCGAGGACAUCGUUGGAGUUUUACUCUGGGCCCGCCAUGGUUGUCAAUACCCGUACUAUCUGUGAGCCGUUGCCCUUGGACGUGUUCAGCAUUGAACAGAAUGCGUCAAGUGUCACAAAACGACGGCUGCCGGGGAGAAUUGGCAUUCCCAUUUCCAACGAACAAACCUCUCGCUUUGGCGAACAAACCACUCGCUAUUCGGGGCCAUUGCAUGGCUCAGUGGUCUUGCACAUAGGUAGAGAGGGCGUCAAGGACACUCAUCUAUGCCAGAUGCACUCAAACACAAGCGAUGGUGAAAGCUGGCCUAUCUCAUUGUGCGUGGGAGUUCCCGACCGAGACCCCAUCACCGGCAAGAACGAAUCGGACCUCAGCAACGGAAAACCCUAUGCCUUCUGGGAGAUCAUCAUCUUCAACACAACUAGAAACAUCGAGCAACGAGUCGCUAUCACAACCUCUAACCUUGAACAUCUACUCCCUCCUUUGAACGAAAGGGCAGACCAACCCCAAAACUGGACGUCAAAGCCUAAUGGACUAUGGACAACAGCUUAUGACAAUGGCCUGGAAAUGUUCAAUGCCUCUAUCUGCUACUUCAACCUUGAUGUAGAGGAGCCUUCAUGGGAAGCUCGUGGCAUCCUCAACCUUACGUCUUAUGAGGAAGAUGACCAAGAGGACUUUGAGGAGGAUGUGGACCCAACUUUCAACGUCACCUUGAGCGAGCAUCCUGUACAAGCUCGAUCCGCUUGGAACAUGAUGUACGAUGGAAAAUCCGACUUUAGGUGGAGGGCCCAUCGAGAUCACGGAUCAACCUUUCAGAGUAUCCUCCAAGAAAAGGGCGAUCCGACUAUAGCCAUCCAGGCCCUAGGAACUCGGAUACACCAGAUGAUCUAUUAUGACUGGCUCAAGGACUUUGAUCGCGAGUACCAAGUCAAAACGAUACACUCGACCGAAACCCUCAUCCCAGGACGAUGGAUUGGACUUAUUUCAGUUCUGAUUCUUACUGGGGUCCAUCUUGUGAUAGUUUUUACUACAAUCGUGCUUUUCUUGUCAAACACGAAUGCUUCCGCACUUGGAAAUGUGUGGCAGGCGGCUGCGCAGAUUGCCCACACGACUGGCGCCGUAAAAUCAGCUGACGGGAUGUUGGACAAGGAGGUACACAAGUGGGCAAAGACAACAGGCUUGGAUAAGGAGGUGUACUCAGUAUCGGAGUCUGCUGAGGGCAAUGGGAUUGAGAUUGGACUUCGGAACCGGAAAAGGGAUUGA